UGCACACUAAAAAAUGGUAGGGAGUAGCAUCUAUCACCACACUUAGCUACUACACAAUUCACCAGUCAUCACAAGAUGUUAGUUGUUCAUUUGAACAAGCAAUUCUAGCUUCUUUCCAACAAGUUAGAAAGAAAACAUUUGCCUUUUCUUUUCCUCCAUUCAUUAUCAUCAACUUAAUUGGAGCCAGCUCCAAUUGGUUCAUGGAUAUUGAUCACCCUACUAAGACCAUUGGGGGGUUGUUUAAUAUUUUUAGUUGUGGGAUUUUCUUGGAGAUUAAAUUACUAUUCUUAUUAUUACUACCUUUUUGUUAUGGCAAAAUCACAAGCUCUUCUCCUCCUUAUCCUCGGGCCGCUCUUGAUUACUUCCAUAGUUUUCGUCCGCCGCCAUGGAGAGCUUUCCCGGCCACCGGAGGCGACCAUCCCGGCAAUGGGAAGGAAAACCGGCCAAAUGAAGUCUCCAAGAAGCCGACGAUACUCGUCCACCAUCACAAUUAGAGGUCACCAUUCAAGCAUCAUGGUCUUCAAUGUUUCAUUUCAUGGCGUUCCCACCGGUGCAAAUCCUAUUAAUAACAAAUUUGGAGUUUCAACUACAAACGCUAAUGAAGGGAGAAAUUUAGAGAACAAAAUAAGCUGAAGAAAAUACAAGCGCUGAAGAGUGAAGAAGACAAAUAAAAACUCGUUUGCUCAAAUUGGUAGAGCCCAAUAAAAUGUCCGCCAUCUCCGUAAAUGCAAUAGGAAAUCCAAACUCAACAUCUGGAAUGACCAAGAGUGUUCAAAGCCAAGUUCCCUAUCUCUUGCCGAAGACAGAAGUCACCCUUCGCAAUAUCCAACAUAACCAAUCAAAGUAGCAAUAAAAAACCCGAUCAUGAUUCAUAAGCCCUCAAUAGAAGGAAUAUAAUAUGUUUAUGUUGUUAAUUCAUUGGUUUGUUAUUUCACUACUUUUAUCAAUGCAAGAUGAAUUC